AUGGUUUCCCAGCUCCUAAAAUUAUUUCUGAUUAGUCUACCAGCCCUGGCUACGAGCCAGGGACCAAAUAGGGUUUCCGUGUCUGUCUCAUCUACUUCAUCUUCUUCUGAAUCUCACAAUAACACGACCAGCAGCAAUGUGCAAUUCACGACAGACAUCCCCACCGGCAGUACCACGAUCCCAGACGUGAAUGGAAUUAACACCAACUUCAAUCCCGGCACCCCCACUAACACUACCAUAACCACGGGUGCAAAUGGCAGCAACAGUACCUUGACCCCGAAUACGAAUGGCGGCAGCAACCACAAUGCUACCGCAAGCCCAAAGAAGACAGGGGCAAGAAAGCUAGCCGGGUACUACCCCGUUUACCACGCUGAGGGGCAACCGCUGUCUGAGCUCAGAUAUGACCUGUACGAUGAGAUAACAUUUUUCGCGGCGACAACUAACGCCAACUUCACGAUUGGCACCGACUCUUUGACCCAAAAUGAAUGGGAUAACUUAGCCUAUGAGUUUGUCAAGAAUUGCAAAAGCCACUCGGUUUUGCCUACGUACACUGUUGGAGGCUGGGGAGGCUCCAGGUACUUUUCACCACUUGUGGCCACUGCCGAGAACCGCACAGCCUUUGCCAAUUCAACCAUCAGCUUCGCCAAGAAAUACGGCUUUGAGGGAAUUGACUUUGAUUGGGAAUACGCCGGCAUUCAGGGAAUCGGAUGCAACAUUAUCAACGACCAAGACGUCCAGAAUCAACAAUUGCUCUUCAAGGAAGUCAAAACCCAAUGGCCUGAGGGAAAGUUGUCUACCACUCAAAGUAUUGCGGGCAUUAGAGAUCCCAACUACCAACAAUUACCGGCCUCCGAUGUUACCAUCAUGUCUCAAGUUGUUGAUGAAGUGAGAAUCAUGGCCUAUGAUGUUCACGGCAGCUGGACCAAGACCACCGGACCAAACGCCCCGAUCAGAGCACAGUGUGCUGAUCCUGAAAACCAACUAUCCGUUGAGAGUGCCAUUGAAGUCUACCUCAAGCAAGGGUUCAAACCGGAACAACUGAGCUUAGGAAUCCCCGGUUACGCCAAAACUUGGACCUUGACUAAGCCCGAACUCACUCCCAGAAUCGUUGGCAACUACACCAGUUACUACUACCAAAACUUCACCGGUAUUCCGGCUGGAGGCAAAUAUGAUGACCAACCUGGUUUAGAUGUUUGUGGGCAAAAAACAGGUUACGGUGGUUCAUGGCUCGUCACAGAAUUAGUAGAUGCUGGUUACUUGAGCGAAGAUGAAACCAGUGGAGGAAAAGGAUUCACCAAGUAUUACGACGAAUGUUCUGGAGAGCCAUUCCUUGCUAGCGAUUCCACUUUGGUCAGUUAUGAUGAUACCGAAAGCACCGUCUCUAAGGUGGUAUAUGCCAAAUCCAAGGGCUUAGCGGGUGUCUUUUUCUUCAACACCAUGGGUCCGAGGGACAGCACAGUCAAGGCAGCCAGGACGGCCUUACUCAACUAA